CUGACCUUUUUUUCUACUUCCGGCCCGGAGGCCUCAGCUUCAGAUCUUCUCCGACACCGACCGCAGCCGCCCGGCGGAUAAUGGCCACAGCAGCCCUGGAUCUUUCUUUCCGCCUUGGGACCACUACUCUUUAAAAAUUCCGCCGAAAAAGAGAAGACGAUUUUCCAAAACAUUCUGGCCGUUAUCUCACGGCUCCCCCGUCUCUGCACAGGUGUAUGAGCGCUACCCAGAGGGCCUAGGGGCGGCUCUCUACCGGGAGCACUUCGACUUCAACGCUGAGCCGCCUUGGGAUCCUAGCUGAUAGCGGGACCGGUCCCACCCCUGACUUGUCCAUUUUGUUGCAUAACCCCAGGACCCCCCUCGGCUCGCUCGUCACCCGUUCUUUAUGAUUUUUGGCUCUCUGGAAUACGGUUAGGAUGAAAGGAGUCGCCGGCUACAGCGUGGAAGUCUUGGAGGGCGGCGCCACCCUGCGAGAUGUCCUGGAGGAGCGGGCACUGGUGGGCACACGCACCUUCACGGGGCACGCUGGUCCAGAUAACAACAUGAGCGCCUUGCAGGUGGAGAAGAGCGCCUUCAUGGUGGCCGACCUGGGCGCUGUGAUGCGCCAACACGCCCGCUGGCAGAGCGCCGUGCCGCGGCUGCAGCCUUACUUCCCGCUCAAGUGCAACCGCAGCCCGGCGGUCUUGGAGGUGCUGGUCUCCCUGGGCCUGGGCUUCGUCUGCGCCAGCAAGGCGGAGGUCAAGCUGGCGCUGGAGCACGGCGCCUCGCCCGACCACAUCAUGCUGGCGGGCGUCUGCAAGCAGCUGGCGCUCAUCAAGAGCGCCGCCCGGAACCACGUCCAGCUUCUGGUGUGCGAGAACCAGGCCGAGCUGUCCAAGAUUUCCCGUGUCCACCCGCACGCCAAGUUGCUGCUGCAGUUGACCACGGACGCCCACGCGGCCGAGACCAGCGUGGCGUUCGGGGCGUCCCUGAAGAGCUGCCGCCACCUGCUGGAGGCCGCCAAGGAGCUGGGCGUCCAGGUGGUGGGCGUGGCCUUCCACGUGCCCACCACCUGCCAGGACCAGCAGGAAGCCUACCGCCACGCGCUGCUGGACGCCCGCUGCGUGUUCGACAUGGGGGAGGAGCUGGGCUUCCACAUGAACAUCCUGGACAUUGGCGGCGCCGACUUCCAGCUCCAACAGGUGGAGUCCGACGUCAGCCCGCUGCUGGACGCCUACUUCCCCGCGCAGUCCGGCGUGCACGUGCUGGCCCAGCCCGCCAGCUUCUACGUGGCGUCUGCCUUCAGCCUGGCGGUCAACGUGAUCGCCAAGGAGGCGGCUCCAGGCGAGCAGAAGGAGUUCCUGUACCACAUGAGCGAGGGCGUCUACGGUCCCUUCGCCGUCAAGCUCCUGGGGAACGCCAUCUCCGCCCCGUCGGUGCACAAACACAAGUUGUGCGGCGAGGAGGCCUUGUUCCCCAGCAGCCUGUGGGGUCCCUCACUGGACCAGCUGGACCAGGUGGUAGAGCACUGCUUGCUGCCGGAGCUCAGUGUCAGCGACUGGCUCCUCUUCCCCGACAUGGGCACCUGCGGCCUGGCCCCCCCGCACGUCUACUACGCCGUCACCGCCGCCGACUGGUACCACAUGCAGGAGGCCGGCGUGCUGCUGGAGCGCGCCACCGAGACCCUGACCGUGGUCUAGGCCCCCUCCUUCAGCCAACAUUCCGUCCCUGCAAAGUUGUGUCUUCUGCUUCUAUCGCCCUGUCGGAUCAAAUCGAUGGUUAUGCAACAAAAUGGACGACUCCGGAGAUGGAGCCCCGCCCCUUCUAAUCUCUCACCUGAUUGGCC